AUGGCUGACAGAUUUCCUUCUCUUGAGGACUUUGACUCUGGUGGUAAGUUUACUUCUGGAAAUUUAAAUUCACAUCAAUCUAUAUGGUUUAUUAACAACAUGGUUUAUAGCUCAGACAACACAAGGCGACUCUACUUUCGAAGGAGGCGCCGAUGAUUUCUUGAGUCGUGAGAAGGCUCUUUUGGGUGACGAUGCAGACCAAUUUACUACUGGCAAUGACAAUGCCGCAUUUGUAGAAGAUGGUGAUGAUGAUUUAUUGGGUGGUGGUGGAGGAGAGGAGGUUCAUGAGUUUGAGAGUUCCUUCCCUGCCAUUGAUACUCGCAAUGAGGUACGUUAUGACUUUAUUACAUAUUCUACAUUUCUUGAAUACUAAUAUAUAUAAAAUCAGAAUGUUUCAUCGACCGGACAAAUCACCAGCACAUAUACCAAUUACCAACCCCAAGUUUCCGACGAAGAAGAGCCAGAAGUGAUCAAACAAUGGCGCGAACGCCGCGACCUCCAACUUCAAGCCCGGGAAGAGAGAUCAGAAGAAAAAAAGCAGGAAACUAUUAAGACUGCCCAACAAAACAUCGACGAUUUCUACGAGAACUACAAUACCAAGAAAGAGAAGACUAUUGCGCAAACCCGCCGUGAAGCUGAGGAGUUUUUGGCAAGCAGGGAAGACACAUCAUCUGGUGGAACCAGUUGGGAGCGUAUUGCAAAAUUAGUCGAUCUGAGCGGAAAGGGUGCUAGAGGUGGUGCAAAUGGUACGGGCAAGGAGAAAUUCCGAGAGCUUUUGUUGAGUUUGAAGAAAGACGAGAAAGCACCCGGCGCUACUGGUUAUUAAAGGGCGUUGGUUGGACGGGUUGGGUGGUCACUUUAUGGACUUGUAAGAUCGUGCAAGAUGGUUGUUUAUUUCGUUCAAGACUUGCCUGAUCGGAAGUUACGGGCAAUGGGGCGUUAAAAAUGAGUGGCACAAACGCGCAUAACUAUUAAAGAUUUGUUUAUAAUGACAUUAUUCUGAGGA